UGCGCGCUGCGCUCGGCGGAGAGUCGGGUGGCUGCGCCUGGACGCCGCCGCGGUGCGCAGGCGAUUGCGGGCGGACCUUCGCCCUCGCCGAGGUCUCCUUCGGCUGCAGCCGCCGCCGCCGCCAGCCCUCUGCUCUCACGAUGGGAGCUGAGCAGAGCGCAGAUGCUGAAAGCCGGCUUCAUCACGAGCCCAACCCGUCAGCAUCCCCGUCGCCAGCCAAACAGCGAGCUAAAAUGGAUGAUAUUGUGGUGGUGGCGCAAGGGACUCAGUCCUCACGGAAUGUCAGCAAUGACCCAGAUGUCAUCAAGUUGCAGGAAAUCCCAACUUUCCAGCCCCUUCUUAAAGGCCUUCUCAGUGGGCAGACAUCUCCUACUAACGUUAAACUGGAGAAACUGGACUCUCAGCAAGUUCUACAGCUCUGCCUCCGGUACCAAGACCAUCUUCACCAGUGUGCUGAAGCAGUUGCCUUUGACCAGAAUGCAUUAGUCAAACGGAUCAAAGAGAUGGAUCUUUCGGUAGAAACGCUUUACAGUUUGAUGCAGGAGCGCCAGAAAAGAUACGCCAAGUACGCCGAGCAGAUCCAGAAGGUCAACGAAAUGUCUGCCAUCCUCCGACGCAUCCAGAUGGGUGUUGACUUGACCAUUCCCCUGAUGGAGAGGCUGAACAGCCUGCUGCCAGAGAGUGAGAGGCUGGAGCCUUUUAGUAUGAAACCUGACAGGGAGCUCAAACUGUAGUUCUCCAUUGCAUCCUCCACUCACCUUCUCAUGGACUCUACUUGAUAAAGAACAUCCUUGGAAUAUUACUGCACUGUCCAGAGUGAGUAGAAGAGAAAUAUCACUUGUGGCAGGAAGAGUGCUCUUGGUUUGAAACCCAGUCGUGUAGAAUAAAGCACUACUUGGGAGUAUUUUUUUAAAAACCUUUUCUGUUUCCAUCUACUUAACACCACCGUCCCUACACAGCAAAAUGUUGCUUUAACAAGAUUCAGACUUCUGUCUCCACAACAUUCCAGUACGGCAGUGGUUUUAAUUUUUUGCCUUUGGGGAACUCUUUCCACAUAGGUUUAUUUGCUGAGGUGUCUACCUCAGAACCCUUCAAGUUGCAGAGGAUUCUGGGGCAUGUUCUAAGCAGUGAUUUUCCAGUUACAUUUCUUUUUAGGAUUCCUGAGUUCCUCUAUGAGCGAUCGGUCACAGCAGCAAACUGUCUGCUACAGCUUCAUCGCCAUUGCCAGUUUACCCUUGCAAUGCAGAGCUUCUGUGAAUUGUUAGUGACGCCGUAAGGUUAGCUUUCUCCACUUGGAUCAGAAUGACUUUUAGGCUGAAUGAGCCUAGCUGGCACCCAGCAGACCUAGGGUAUCCCAAAAUCCACACACAGCAAUUCUGUAAUUAAAAUAUAAGGGUUCCCCAUUGACCAAUGGGUGUGAAAAAGCUUCACUGAGGACAGGAAGUUUAAAAACAAAACAUUGCCCAAGCCUCCGCGUUGCCUCCCUUGUAAACAGAGAGAACUCCCAAAUUUCUCUGGCCAUGCAUUAUUCCAAGGAGAGAUUGGAAUUAAUGGACAAGCUGUCAGUCUGGGAACCUUGUCUGACAUUAUUGACCACUUCAUUGAGGCGUCUCUGAUAAGUUUCUGAGAACCCUGUAAGACAGUUUGAAAACUAUUGUUCUUUUAACACUCCCUCUGUUUUCCUAGUUGAGCUACGUUGUGUCUGCGUAGAACUAUGGAUUGGAUUGACUGAUUUAGAUCUGGACAGUCUGGUUCUUUUAGGAAAAUCAAAAAGUGUUCUGUUCUUGAAGAUCCUUUCAGUUUACCUUACUAAUAGCUAGGUAUUAUAAUAUUCCCUAGCUCUGGAACAUGUUUGAUUCUUUAUAACUGAGUGUAUAAAGCCAGAAGCAGGCUUAUUAAACCUACCUAGCUUAAUGUAAUGUGGCUUUUGAAAGUUUCUUUUCUGGGGCCUAGCUGAGCUCUCCCCCAUUGAGGUUUGUGUGUGUUUUAAAAUUGGCGUCUUACUUUAUAAGGCUGUUAAAUGAGUAACUGCUUGAGUUGUGUGACUGUCACAGCUGUGCAGGCCCCAGAGCUAAGGGCCUCCCAUGUAGAAAUCAUAGGUGAGAUUGGGGUCCCUUUUUUCUCACUGCCUCUUUCCUCAGAGGCCUUCUGAAUGAAAUGAUUACUACUCUGUCCUUUUAUAUUGCUUUGCUUUGCCAAAUGAUUUCUACCAGGAUUGAUGAGGGAACUCCCUGUUUUAUCCAGAAUACAGGACAUGUUUAGUCCAUGUCCCCCAAAAAGUUGGAUAAGCUGCAAAGCCAGGGAAAGGUGAGGUCAUAUGCUUUAUUCCUUUGGCAAUUUUGAGCUGUGCCAUGAAAAAUGCCAUCAACCAUUUGCAAUUGGGCUUGGUGUACCUCUCCAAAGAUGGCUGCUUUAUAUUCUCUGUUUGGGGUCAGGCCCUGGUUACUUUGAAUACAUCUUACUCUGGUUUCAAUGCAGCUUUGAAACUUUGACGUCCCUAGCAGUUGAACUAGAAUUAUAUUGCCUCUGGAGGUUAUAGCAAGAAUUGCUCUACAUAUUUAAAAUCAACAUAGUCAGAAAAGUGCUGGUGGCACUUGCCACACGAAUACAGAACUGAACUCUCUCCACUCUUUUUUCCUUCGUAAAACAUCUGAUUUUUGUCCAAGCCUAUGUGUGUUGUCCUGGUGUGAAAAAAGCCUGCUGUAUUCUACAGCUGUUCUGUUUUCGCUGUGUCCUUGAUUCUGCUGGCUGGGCCUGAGGAGCCCUUAGACUGUCACAUUACCCAUUUUGGAACUGGCACAUCACCAGAAUUCCCUCUUAUCUCCAAGUCUUGGAAGAAAAGCAGGGAAAGUUGUGUUUAUAUACCUAUUUUUUACUUUGUUUGAGAAAAGAAGAAAUGUUGUAGGAUUUAAUUUUGAGAUUGCCACUGGAGAACAGAUGCCUAGUGGGCAAAGUCUAUCCCUUAUGGCUCUCGGAACUCUAGAUACCUAAAAGUUUGAGGCCUUUUAUUUUACACCUGCUCAGUGGUGAAGCAAACACUUCUGGCCAUGAGUGUGCCAAAAUACUCAUAACAUAGGGGUAGAGGCAAUUAGAGGGCCCAUCAGAGAGGAAAGACCCAUGGAAUCAGCCCCACCACUGGAUGAAACAUUUUCACACACUCCCCUGGGGUUUGUGAUCCUGCCAUGGGGAAGUAACUCUUGAGUCUAGGCCAGGGAAAGUGUGCCCCCGCCCCGUGUUGUUGAGCUGCAGGUCUCACCUUCCCUCCCCAUUGGCUAUCCUGAUGGGAGCUGCAGCCCAGCAGUAGCUGGAGGCCCACGCUUUCAGCACCCCUGAACACCUUUCUGUGUGAAGGUCUCCCUGUCCAAACCUUGGACUUGCUGAGUGUGAGGAGAAAGACCUCCUCAGGGAACGAUAGCUUCGUGACUAACAAAAGAUAGAACAUGCACAGAUAUAUUGGUAUGGAUUCAUAUCUCCAAGUGCAGAAAGAACUAGGCCUGCUUUCAGGACCAUUAGAUUCUCCUCAAAAGGGCAGGUAGAAGGGUAACUUUUUCCAAACAGUAGAUGCAUCCAUCCUGAUCCAGAGAGAGAGAGAGAUGCAGAAGCAGCUAUGUGCAGAUUCACAUGGUAGAUUGGGAAGUCAGUGAGCACUUCUGGAUGCAAGCUAGUUCACUCCCUACAUUACCUAUAGCAGUGGUUUUUAAAAUUUAUUUAUUACAUUUAUAUACCGCCCCCCCAGCCGAAGCUCUCUGGGCGGUUUACAACAAUUAAAAAUAGUAAACAUUAAAGUGUAGUGCAUGGAACAUGGAGGUUUUUUGACAAAUCUCUAAUAAGCCACGAAUGAAGAAACAGUUUGGCUUGUCCUACACUGUGGAACCACAGUGGAGUUUGGGAUGUGAUCUUAGGUUGUCAUCUCCAUUCCAACAGGACAGCUGAUUAUAGUAGCCCCAUCCAAUAUUUUCUGAGAACUUGCUGAACAUACCCCAGAAUUUUCAGGGAUCCCAUAGCAGUUCUGCAGGAGUGCAUCAGGAGCAGUCAUUGUUUUACGUUUUCCCCAAAGGUAAAAGUUUGCGAGCUAAAUAUAGGUUCUAUUCUUGGCUCUUGAAAAUGGUAGAAGGUGAACGGGGAAUUGGUGAUGGUUGUAUAUUUUCUUUUGUUGAAAAGCAGCUUUUACCAAUUUGAUGUGUCUUGCAUUGAAUUACAUUACAAUGUGUGCUGUAGAUGUUUCUCUCAAACUGUGUUUAAUCUUUACUUGAAAUAUUUAUUUUGAUUGAGUUUGUUUUAUUAAUAAAGGACAUAUGACAUGCCA